AUGGUGGUGCCUCGAACGCCCCCUACCACCGCUAGACGUCACCGUCGUCAGCCAGAAUCCACAGAUCCUUCAUCAGAUAUAGGCUCCUCCGCCUCCUCAGUAAUCUCUGAAGAAAUGGACACCCCAACUGCCCCUAGAGCUCAAAGCUCUACUACAGCCAACACCAUGGCAUCCACACCAGACAUCACAGCUCUGUUCCAGCAGAUGCAGGAACAGAUGCAGGAACAAAUGCAGAAGCAGAUGGACCAGUUCAUGACUCGUUUUAAUACCCUUGAACGCCGUCAAUCCCAAUCCUCCACUCCAACAGUCCGGCAUAACGCUACUCCCUACAAUCAUAUUCAAAAUAAUGCGGCUAUUCCAGCCUCAAAUCCAGUACAAAAAGAUCCUUUUGAUCAUGUACAAGCUCAAGUUAAAGCGCUCCUACCAGACCGAUGCCGAAUCACACUGUCUCAUGAUAAUUACGACCCCUGGAGUUCAGCCAUUCAAAGAGAAGCCAAUGUCCUGAACGCUAGUACAGUCUUGCAUCAGGAUAUACCUCCAGCAGGAUACUCAGCUUAUGAUGCUGAAGUAUGGCAUUGCAAAGCCACUGUCAUGAGAGCCCAAAUGCUUCAUGCUAUGACUGCCUAA